AUGACAUAUACAUAUACUCGCGACCAACUCGGCCAGUACCUGCAACGCAUCCGCUACUGUGAAGACGCCGGCGACAAUGCCGCAGCUCGACUGGCACACCUCGAGCAAUCCAUCCACAAGGACCCCCUAGCUGCGCUCGCCGAGCUGCAGAGGCGACACAUCGCCACGAUCCCCUUCGGAAACUCGGCCCUGCAUUACUCCCAGCAUCGCUCCAUCUCCCUGGAUCCGGGCGUUCUGUUCCGGAAACUGGUGACCAGCGCCCGCGAUGGGUACUGCAUGGAGAAUUCCGGGCUAUUCUACAUCGUCCUGAGGUCGCUUGGUUUCACUGUCUACGCGACAGGAGGCCGUGUCAGUCGAGCUAUCAAGAAUGGCGUCGAUGAUGGCGGAUAUGGCGGGCUCGGCCAUAUGGUCCUGAUCGUUACAAUUGGGCAGGUCAAAUAUAUGGUUGACGUCGGGUUUGGUCCAGAAUGCCCGACGCGCCCAUUGCCGCUCGAGGAGGACAAACCAGUGGCAUACAUUGCCCCCGCGGAGAUGCGCCUGAUCAAAGACAGCAUCCCCGAAUUCACCGACAAAAGCCAAAAAGUCUGGAUCUAUCAGACCCGACAUACCCCCAGCAGUGACUGGCGGCCUGCGUACUGCUUUUCUGAAAUCGAGUUCCUGCCGCAGGACUUUGGAGUCAUGAAUUUCUACACCAGCCAGAGUCGGACCUCCUGGUUCACGCAGAAAGUGGUCUGCGUGAGAAUAAUCCUAGAUGCGAAUGAAGAGAAAAUCGAAGGCCAACUCAUUCUGGCUGGAAACCAGGUCAAAAGGAGGAUCCGUGGCGAGUCGGAGGUUCUUCAAACACUGAAAACAGAAAACGACAGGGUCAACGCUUUGGCAACAUGGUUCGGCCUGCAUUUCCAGGAAGAAGAGGUCCAGGGGAUCCAAGGCUUGGUUUCGCAAAUCUCUUCUUGA